GCGCGGGUCCCGCCGGCGGACGGUAUGGCGCAGCGGGUGCAGCUGGCGCCCGGCUCGCUGGCCCUGGUGCUGAGCCCGCGGGAAGCCGGGCAGGCGGCGGGGGAGCCGGGCGGCCGCGCCCUGUUCCGCGCCUUCCGCCGGGCCAACGCGCGCUGCUUCUGGAACGCACGCCUGGCGCGCGCGGCGUCGCGGCUGGCCUUCCUCGGCUGGCUGCAGCGCCGGGUGCUGCUGGUGCGAGCGCCCCAGCCCUGCGUGCAGGUGCUGCGGGAUGCGUGGCGGCGCCGAGCCCUGCGGUCGCCCCGGGGCUUCCGCAUCACCGCGGUGGGUGAUGUCUUCCCAGUGCAAAUGAGUCCCAUAGCCCAGUGUCGGUUUGUGCCCUUGGCUGAAGUUCUUUGCUGCAUUAUAGCUGAUAUGAACGCGGCUCAGGUGGCUGUAACACAGGAAUCACUCUUGGAGCACUUGAAGAAACAUUACCCAGGUAUUGCGGUUCCUUCCCCAGACAUUCUCUACGGCACCCUGGGCGCUCUAAUUCAAGGGAGGAAGAUUUACCACACAGGAGAGGGCUACUUCAUCGUUACACCGAACACUUACUUCAUCUCAAAUACACCCAUGCAAGAAAAUCAGAGAGCCCUCCUGCCAGACGAAGGGUGCCCAGUGCCAACUUCUGUGACCUAUCUGGUCAGUGUGGAUUGCUGUGCAGAGCUGGCCCAGGAGAACGAGGUCCCUGUUUCCCACUGUCCAUCAUGUCAGUGUUUCCUUGAUACAAGUGUGCAGGACUCUAAGGACCCACUGACUGGGGCAGAAGUGUCUAGAAAAAACCAGGAAGGUCUUGAGGAACCCACACCUUUGUCUAAGAACCAGGUAGCUGCAGCAUCUGAAGACACCCAGGUCUGUGUGAGCCCCAAACCAUUACCAUACACCAAAGACAAAGGCAAAAAAUUUGGUUUCGGUUUCUUGUGGCGAAGUUUGUCCAAAAGAGAGAAGUCUAGAACAGAGCACCACAGUUUCUCUGCACAGUUCCCACCCGAAGAGUGGCCUGUCCGGGAUGAGGAAAGCGCCAACAACAUCCCCCGAAAUGUGGAACAUGCGAUAAUCAGGAGCAUUAAUCCUGUGCUGACUGUUGACAACCUAAUCAAACACACAGUCCUAAUGCAAAAAUAUGAAGAACAGAAGAAAUACAAUAGCCAGGGCACUUCCACGGAUGCGCUGACCACCAGGCAUAAGCAUUCUUCUAAAGAAGGAAUUCGGAAAAGGCAGGGCCACUUUGCCAAGCCUCACAGGCGGGGCUGUUCUCACAGGGAUAGACACAAAGCAUGGAGCCAGGGGAGUGAGCUGGAGCCAGGAAGCACUGGACUUUCUGAAAAGCAUCCCAAGGUCCCCACAGCCCAGCCUGCUCCCAGAAUGAAAAGCCGCAGUGAAGAAAUUCAGCAGUUGCGUGGUGGGAUUCCAGCUGUGCUAGGUCCCCAUUUGAUUUACAAGAAGCAGAUCAGUAAUCCUUUUCAGGGCAUGUAUCUCAGAGGGCCCCCAGUAUCCAAAGGGCACAAUGUUCAGAAGAGCCAUGAUCUGAAACCUGGUCCCGUCGGGCCAGAAGAAAAGCCUUUCCAGAGGGCAGGGUCUUCAGGUCCUUUGGGAGUCUUUGAUGGUGGAGGCCAGGAGCCAUAUUUGGAACAAUGCCAUGAUAAACUGGAAGCAGAAACCAUGCUUUCAAUGAAGGCUCCUGGCCAUCCUGUCAGUGACGUCAGAGGUGGCCCAGGAAAUUACCCUCCGUGUAAUGUUUUGGCAAGCCACCCUCGGGGCUGUUCUUUCAGGGAAAGCGUGUUGAGAGGUGAACUGUAUAAUGAAGAAAACAAGAUCUUGAGGAAAAGUUAUUCUGACUGCGACAUGUUCUUGGGAACCACAGAAAUGCAUCAGGUCUUGCCCUCACAAAGUCCCCCCUCUUUAGACCCAGUAGUACCCUGUGUGUGUACAUCAGUGAAUAAGACCAUACACCAGUUCCAGAACCUGGGCCUCUUAGAUUACCCAGUUGGAGCAAACCAUUUGAGGACACACCAAAGACAAGGUGACUCCAAAGAUCUAUCUAGGAAGACAUUUGUCCCAGAGGCAGAGAUUGGGAAUGUGGAAAAUGAGGGGCCCUCCGACAGUGAGCAGGACGAGGCAGCCGUGAACCAGAGUGAGGCAGGGGUGGAUGAUGGGGCCUGCAGUUCACUGUAUCUAGAGGAUGAUGACUUCUCUGAGACUGAUGAUGACUCCUGUCACACACUGCCUGGACACACUCAGUAUUCCUUUGCAGGUGGAGGCAGGCCGAAGCAAUGGCAGGGAAGACCAAUGGUGACUGGAAGACUUCUGACAGGAUGUAAUAGCAAAACUGAUAGGUUUGAGCCCCUGGCGCUUGAAAGGAAACACUGGUACAAGGCCACUGGGUUGUCUGCAAAUUCAGAGGAAGGUCCAAACCCUGAUCUCACAGACAACCCUGGCCUACACUCAGGGACUCCAUUUGGUUUCCACUAUGAAGGAGAGCCCAUGGCUGCCUGUGUCCAGGCCCCAGCAGCCGCUGGUGGAAGUUUACUUGAAUUCUCUACUGCAGGGAAAACCAGUUGGAGGGCUGAGGUCCUUCGAGAUUCUCCUGGUGACACAGGAGAGAAUUCAACUGGCUGGAGACAGAGCCCUGCAAAUCAGGAAAUGGAAAAACAUUUCCCAGACAAGUCACGACUUUUCAGCACCUCCCAUGUGCCGGUGUUGGCUCAGGAGCCACAGCGAGAGCAUAGUCGCCUGGAAGGGACAGAGAGUUGUAGCGUGACAGGAGACAGCGGGGUCGAUUCCCCAAGGACACAGAGCCUGGCAUCUAAUAAUUCAGCUGUUUUGGAUGGAGCUAAAAGAAGACAGGCUUUUCUGCAGAACAGUGAAGACAUGAAGAAGAGCCACCAAGCACCCAGUUCCUUGCUCCAACUAACCCCAGUCAUAAACGUCUAACUUUGAGAUGAGGUUUUACACUGUAGUUGAGACUGGCCUGGAUCUCAAUGGGUAAUCCCCCUGCCUUAGCCUCAGGAGUGCUGGGAUUACAGGCAUAAAUUACCAUGUCAGGAUUAAAAUUUUAACUGACUUUGGAGAACUCUUUAAAAAAUUGGAUAUGUAAGGAUCCUGUAAAGCUGAACAUAUGUGCUAUUAUUAACCCCACCAUACUGUGUUCUAAUUACUUUCUUCCUUUUUACCGUUUUUAAAGCAGUUUUCAGUGCCCUUUACUAGAAAUUUGUUGCAGUUUUCAAUAAAAGAAACAUGAAAUUGUUGGUCAUUUUCUAACUAAAUGUCGUUAAUUUUCCUCGAUCAGUUUCUCCAAUACGUACAAUGCUGACUUAGUACCCAGUAGUCUUCCUCAUCAGCCAGAGGAAUAUGGAAUUCUCAGGUUAAGCGGGUUUCACACAAAACCCAGAAAACAAACAUGGGCUUUAAAGGUUGCAUUGAUACUUGGAAAUGAAAGGAUUAUCAGAAAGAAUCGAUACAAUGUGUUGCCUAUUUUCUAGAAGAAUUCUUCCCCUGGGUCAUUGCUGCCCAGGGUCUUUUUCUUGUCAAUCUGCCAGUAGGUAAUCAAAUGGCUCCGAAGGGACUGACUAAAGAUGUCUAAAAUCCCUAUGUCAGUAGGCUUGUGGUUCCUCCUUGCAUGGAGACCUGUGUGUUGUGACUUCAAACAGCAGCCAUCUUGGAAAUGCCGCAGCCCGUCGCUUGCAUGUGUUGCUUUAAGGGACAUUUGAGACAGUUUUCCGGCGAAUAGUCAUGCUCCUGGUUUCACGUUGUCCCCAGACCAAGGUCCAGACAGGUUACGCUGUAUGCCAUGUACUUUCGGGAAGCCGCGGAGCACAACUGCCUGCGCUCACAUUGGCCAGCUCAUCCUAUUCGUUCCAAUCAAGCUGCCGAAUGAGGAACACGUGACUGAGGUCCUGCAGCUUCAGUCCCCGGCCACCAUAUCUCAAACAAGGCUUCACGAAGUUAAGUUCUGAUGAAGCUGAAGGCUGGUGGCUGAGAAGCCGCUCAUCCCUGAUGGCUGUGGAGUCAAAUACAUUCCAGUCACGGACCCCGUACAAGUGGCAGACCUUGUGCUCGGGAGGGCCUCCCUCCACUGUGCUCAACCUCCUACCCUGUCAAUUUUCUCAGCCAUAUUUACUAAUAAUGUCAUCUCCAUUCCAAAAAGAACAAACUAAAAUAAGACAAAAAAAAAAAAAAAAUCCCUCCAAGUGAAAAGUUGGGCAGAUGUCUAAUUUUUGUUGUCGAUAGUAGUAAGGCAUUCUGUUUAAUUUGCAGAGAACUUGUCACGUUUUCAAAGAUUUAAAAGUCAUUCUACAUAAAAUGUGCUGCCAAAUUGGAUGUGUAUCAAGGGUUGUGUUGAAGAGCCUGUUGGAAACGGAUGGAGAGAUUUUUUCCUUAACAAACAUUUUUUGAAAAACUGAAACUCGGAUUCUGUGGUAAAAGCUGGUUAUAUAGUAGCAUAUUGAAUAGCAACAAAAUAAUUUACUGAUGGUGAGUUUGUUAAUCCAUGUAUAGAGAGUAAGUAUAUCAGAUGUAAUACCUGGGUGGGGGGAGGAUAUUUCUAAAAUCAGCUUGUACAUACAAGUAAAUUAAGGAAUUGGAAAAUGGAAAGAAAUUCUGAGGGAGAUAAGGAUGUAGCUCAAAUGGUAGAGUGCUUGCCUAGCAUGCAGGAAGUCCUGGGUUCAAGCCCCAGCACUGCAUGAAGUGGGUGUGGCAACUCAUGCCUGUCUUAGCACUUGAGAAGUGAAAACAGGAGACCUAGAAGUUCAAGGUCAUCCUUUACUAUGCCAAGUUUGAGGCCAGCCUGGGUUACAUAAGGUUCUGCCUCAAAAGGAAGGAAGGAGGGAAAAAUUAUAGAAGUGUCAAGGUUUCUCCUAAGCUUUGGCUGUGGACGUUCACACUGGUGCUGCAAUUACACCUCAGCUUGCUCUCUCUCUCUCUCUCUCUCUCUCUCUCUCUCUCUCUCUCUCUCUCUCUCUCUUUGCUUGUUUUUUUGAGACAGGGUUUCUCUGUGUAGUUUUGGAGCCUGUCCUGGAUCUCACUCUGUAGACCAGGCUGGCCUCGCACUCACAGAGAUCCGCCUUCCUCUGUCUCCCGAGCGCUGGGAUUAAAGGCGUGCACCACCACCAUUGCCCGGCUUCAGCUCUCCAUUUUUCUUAGUGGUACUGAUGACAAAUGUCACUGUUGGAAGAAAUGUCUUUUUUGUUUGUUUUGUUUUGUUUUUUGUUUUUUGAGACAGGGUUUCUCUGUGUAACUUUGGAACCUGUCCUGGAUCUCACUUUGUAGACCAGGCUGGACUCGAACUCACAAAGAUUCGCCUGGCUCUGCCUCCCGAGUGCUGGGAUUAAAGGAGUGCACUACCACCACCCAGCAAGAAAUGUCUUCUUGAAUGCCAUUGACACACACUACGUAGAUUUGUACAAAAUAAUAAAUAUAUUAAAAGUU